AAGUUCCCCGGCAACGAGCAGCAUCCACCCGGCGGAAGGCUGGAGCCAGCGGGGCCCGAAAGGCUGUGGAGUGAGCCGGCCUCUUCGUGUCCUGCGCGCGCCCCAUUCCUCGUCCUGCUCUUUCUGGGCCGCCCACCCCCAAUUCUCGACUUGCUAUUUAGGCUAGGGAAAGCCUAGGAAGGGGGUUAGGAGCAGCCGCGCCCCCCUCCCUGCGGCCGCCGCCCCCUGCACUUUCGGCUCUGCUCCCUGCCGCGUGCGCCCGGGCACUGCGCUCCGGCAGGCUCCAGCCAUGUCGAUGUUGCCGUCGUUCGGCUUUACGCAGGAGCAAGUGGCGUGCGUGUGCGAGGUUCUGCAGCAAGGUGGGAACCUGGAGCGCCUGGGCAGGUUCCUGUGGUCUCUGCCCGCCUGCGACCACCUGCACAAGAACGAGAGUGUACUCAAGGCCAAGGCCGUGGUCGCCUUCCACCGCGGGAACUUCCGCGAGCUCUACAAGAUCCUGGAAAGCCACCAGUUCUCGCCUCACAACCAUCCCAAGCUGCAGCAACUGUGGUUGAAGGCGCACUACGUGGAAGCCGAGAAGCUGCGCGGCCGGCCCCUGGGUGCCGUGGGUAAAUAUCGGGUGCGCCGAAAAUUCCCGCUGCCGCGCACGAUCUGGGACGGCGAGGAGACCAGCUACUGCUUCAAGGAGAAGUCGCGGGGCGUACUGCGGGAGUGGUACGCGCAUAACCCCUACCCCUCGCCGCGUGAGAAGCGGGAGCUGGCCGAGGCCACCGGCCUCACCACCACCCAGGUCAGCAAUUGGUUUAAGAACCGGAGGCAAAGAGACCGGGCCGCCGAGGCCAAGGAAAGGGAGAACACCGAAAACAAUAACUCCUCCUCCAACAAGCAGAAUCAACUCUCUCCUCUGGAAGGGGGCAAGCCGCUCAUGUCCAGCUCAGAAGAAGAAUUCUCACCUCCCCAAAGUCCAGACCAGAACUCGGUCCUUCUGCUGCAGGGCAAUAUGGGCCACGCCAGGAGCUCAAACUAUACUCUCCCGGGCUUAACGGCCUCUCAGCCCAGCCAUGGCCUGCAAGCCCACCAGCAUCAGCUCCAGGACUCCUUGCUGGGCCCUCUCACCUCCAGUCUGGUGGACUUGGGGUCCUAAGUGGGGAGGGACUGGGGCCUUGAAGCAGCAACUAGGGACACUUGUAAAUAGAAAUCAGGAACAUUUUUGCAGCUUGUUUCUGGGGUUCUUUGUGCAUAAAGGAAUGGUGGACUUUCACAAAUAUCUUUUUAAAACUCAAAACCAACAGCAAUCUCAAACUUAGUCAUCUUCUUUUCUCCGACUCUUUCCACUUUUGCAUUUCCCCUCCCAGUACAGAUAUCAGG